AGGUUAAACUGGGAUUGUAUUUUUGUUCCUGUGUCAACGAAAAGAAGAAAAGAAGAGUACCCAGUCAGACCCGGCUAAGUUUCAUCAGAGAUAGUUUGUUCACACAUUACGGAAAGGUCUCCUUGUAUCUGAUAAUAGCCCUACAUCCAACGCUUUAGAAGAUCUCCUUUUGAAGAUGAACUCCAAUGUGGAGAAUUUGCCUCCUCAUAUUCUUCGCUUGGUCUACAAAGAGGUUGCAGCGUUAGCAGCAGACCCCCCCGAGGGUAUCAAGGUUUAUCCCAGUGAGGAAGACAUCACUGAGCUCCAUACAGCCAUCGAAGGACCAGAGGGAACUCCGUUUGCUGGCGGCGUUUUCCGAAUGCGUCUGGUCCUCGGGAAGGACUUCCCUGCGGUUCCACCCAAGGGGUAUUUCCUGACCAAGAUUUUUCACCCUAAUGUGGGUCACAAGGGAGAGAUCUGUGUCAACGUGUUGAAGAGGGACUGGAAGGCAGAGCUCGGCAUCAGACACGUCUUGCUUACAAUCAAGUGUCUUCUCAUCCAUCCGAAUCCUGAGUCCGCUCUGAACGAAGAAGCUGGGCGUUUGCUGUUCGAGGACUAUGCAGAAUACGAGUCCCGCGCUCGUCUGCUCACAGAGAUCCACGCCAUGGGCCCUUCUGGGGCCCUUCAGGACCCUAACGACGGCCCCCAGCCAAAGAAGCACGCAGGUGACCCCAUGAAGAGAGCUGGACCCAGCGCAGCACCGGUGCCAGCAACUCUGGGCAACGGAGCGAACGCAGCCAGUACCACCAGCAAUAGCAACAGUAGCACUAAUAACGUAGCAGGGAAAAAGAAAGCAGAUAAAAAGAGGGCAUUGAGGCGACUUUAAUACCUCUGCAAAAUUCUCAGUGUGUGUCUGUGUGUGUGUACGUGUGAGAGCGAGUGUGUGUAAAUAUAAUUAUUGAAGUUUGCUUACAAGGUUUUUGUUCCUUCUUUUUACCACCUAUUAAGACUUUCUACUUUGUACUCAUACCGUAGCUUCUGUUUUGCCUCCAGUUUGUCCUGUUGGCAUAACAGCUUUGUUAAUUAUUUCCAUACCGAAUGAUAACAUAUUUGUUACUCUUUUUAAAGGAUAUACAACUCCUUAACUGCGGAAAUCAUGCCAUCCGUUAUAUUUUGCCCUCUGCCUUUUGUGAAUGAAUGAGACCUCUAAAGGCUGUCCAAUGAGAUCUACCCACUAUUGUCUCUUUUUAAAGUGUUUCCUGGUAAAUGCUGCUGUGAUGGUACUGUGUACUGCACCGCCAGGCUUAACCAAUAUGUUGUUUUGAAUAAAAUGAACUUUUCAAAUUGACA